AUGACUAGUUUGUAUCUUCAGCUCGCUGACAUUCCUUCAUUGGAAGGAAAAAUCGUGCUUCUAACUGGUGGCGCUUCUGGAAUUGGUCUUGCAGCGGCCCAAGUCUUCGCCAGUAAGGGUGCCGAAGUUCACGUGCUCGACGUCGUGCCCAUCGAUGAGAGUUUCGACAUCUACGAAAUCCCAAGUCAAACGACCGAGCCACCAGAGAAAUUGCCGGAGACUCCCCGAGGAAGAAUCCAUUUCCAAGAAUGCGACAUCGCAGAUUGGAAAGCUAUAAGGGAUGUCUUCCUGUCGCUUGAUCAUAUCGACAUUGCAGUGGCCAAUGCAGGCGUUUCUCAAGACCCAGAUUAUUUUACGGACGAGUUGGACGAUGACGGGCAGCUACUGGAACCAGGGCAUAGGGUUAUCGAUGUCAACUUUCGAUCCGUGGUGAAUUUCACUAAGCUGGCUCUACGCCAGUUCAAGAAGCAGACCCCGGGAAGCAGCCUUGUCAUCACCGCAAGCGCCACUGCUUACGCACCAGAGCAAAGCCUGCCCGUGUAUAGUGCAACAAAACACGCCAUUGUUGGUCUGAUAAGAGGGUUGCGUCCCAUGGCAGAGCAAUACGGAACAACGAUAAACGGAGUAGCACCCGCAGCUACUAUCUCGAAGUUAUUGCCACCAAACCUUGCUGCGCCUAUCAGAGCUGCCGGGGCCCCCAUCAGCAGUGCAUUUCAUGUUGGUUUGGCGAUAGCAUAUUCUGCUACAGCGCAACAGAAGCGUGUCGUGGAACUCUACGGGAGAGACGACGCGAAGAAGGCAGCCUCGCCUGGUCGCUGGAACGGCAGGGUAAUCAUGACGCUUGGGGAUCGUUGGACCGAGUUGGAAGAGCCACUUGCCUCUAUGCGGCCGCAGUGGUUCGGCCAAUACAACGCUGAUAUGACCGUGUUCCAGCAAAGGUUGACCGAUAUGCGUUCCUUGUAG